AGCCCCAGCCCCAGUCACAGCCCCAGCCCCAGUCACAGCCCCAGCCCCAGCCCCAGCCCCAGUCACAGCCCCAGCCCCAGUCACAGCCCCAGCCCCAGUCACAGCCCCAGCCCCAGUCACAGCCCCAGCCCCAGCCCCAGUCACAGUCCCAGUCCCAGUUACAGUCACAGCCCCAGUCACAGCCCCAGUCACAGCCCCAGCCCCAGUCACAGCCCCAGUCCCAGUCCCAGUUACAGUCACAGCCCCAGUCCCAGCCCCAGUCCCAGCCCCAGUCACAGCCCCAGUCACAGCCCCAGCCCCAGUCACAGCCCCAUCCCCAGCCCCAGCCCCAGUCACAGCCCCAGUCCCAGUCCCAGUUACAGUCACAGCCCCUGCCCCAGUCACAGCCCCAGCCCCAGUCACAGCCCCAGUCACAGUUACAGUCACAGCCCCAGUCACAGCCCCAGUCACAGCCCCAGCCCCAGUUACAGUCACAGCCCCAGUCACAGCCCCAGUCACAGCCCCAGCCCCAGUUACAGUCACAGCCCCAGUCACAGCCCCAGUCACAGCCCCAGCCCCAGUUACAGUCACAGCCCCAGCCCCAGUUACAGUCACAGCCCCAGUCACAGCCCCAGUCACAGCCCCAGCCCCAGUUACAGUCACAGCCCCAGUCACAGCCCCAGUCACAGCCCCAGUCACAGUCCCAGUCACAGUCACAACCCCAGUCACAGCCCCAGCCCCAGUUACAGUCACAGCCCCAGUCACAGCCCCAGUCACAGCCCCAGCCCCAGUUACAGUCACAGCCCCAGUCACAGCCCCAGUCACAGCCCCAGCCCCAGUUACAGUCACAGCCCCAGUCACAGCCCCAGUCACAGCCCCAGCCCCAGCCCCAGUCACAGCCCCAGCCCCAGUCACAGCCCCAGCCCCAGUCACAGCCCCAGUCACAACCCCAGUCACAGUCCCAGUCACAGCCCCAGUCACAACCCCAGUCACAACCCCAGUCACAGUCCCAGUCACAGUCACAGUCCCAGUCACAGCCCCAGUCACAACCCCAGUCACAACCCCAGUCACAGUCCCAGUCACAGUCACAACCCCAGUCACAGUCCCAGUCACAACCCCAGUCACAGUCCCAGUCACAGCCCCAGUCACAGCCCCAGCCCCAGUCACAGUCACAGUCCCAGUCACAACCCUAGUCACAACCCCAGUCACAGUCCCAGUCACAGUCACAACCCCAGUCACAGUCCCAGUCACAACCCCAGUCACAGUCCCAGUCACAACCCCAGUCACAACCCCAGUCACAGUCCCAGUCACAGUCACAACCCCAGUCACAGUCCCAGUCACAACCCCAGUCACAACCCCAGUCACAGUCCCAGUCACAGUCACAACCCCAGUCACAGUCCCAGUCACAGCCCCAGCCCCAGUCACAUCCCCAGCCCCAGUCACAGCCCCAGCCCCACCAGCCCCAGUCACAGCCCCAGUCACAGCCCCAGCCCCAGUCACAGCCCCAGUCACAGCCCCAGUCACAGUCCCAGUCACAGUCACAACCCCAGUCACAGCCCCAGUCACAGCCCCAGCCCCAGUCACAGCCCCAGCCCCAGUCACAGCCCCAGUCACAGCCCCAGUCACAGCCCCAGUCACAGCCCCAGCCCCAGCCCCAGUCACAGUCACAGCCCCAGCCCCAGUCACAGCCCCAGUCACAGCCCCAGCCCCAGUCACAGCCCCAGCCCCAGUCACAGCCCCAGUCACAGCCCCAGCCCCAGUCACAGCCCCAGUCACAGCCCCAGUCACAGCCCCAGCCCCAGUCACAGCCCCAGCCCCAGUCACAGCCCCAGCCCCAGUCACAGCCCCAGCCCCAGUCACAGCCCCAGUCACAGCCCCAGCCCCAGUCACAGCCCCAGCCCCAGUCACAGCCCCAGCACCAGCCCCAGUCACAGCCCCAGUCACAGCCCCAGUCACAGCCCCAGCCCCAGUCACAGCCCCAGUCACAGCCCCAGUCACAGCCCCAGCCCCAGUCACAGCCCCAGCCCCAGUCACAGCCCCAGCCCCAGUCACAGCCCCAGUCACAGCCCCAGUCACAGCCCCAGUCACAGCCCCAGCCCCAGUCACAGCCACAGCCCCAGUCACAGCCCCAGCCCCAGUCACAGCCCCAGCCCCAGUCACAGCCCCAGCCCCAGCCCCAGCCCCAGUCACAGCCCCAGCCCCAGUCACAGCCCCAGUCACAGCCCCAGCCCCAGCCCCAGUCACAGCCCCAGUCACAGUCACAGCCCCAGCCCCAGUCACAGCCCCAGUCACAGCCCCAGCCCCAGUCACAGCCCCAGCCCCAGUCACAGC